CCAGCUGGGGAUCAAGUUGCGGUGGAUGCUGGUCACACUCAUCGCCCCAGAGCUGCUCUGCGGUGUCGCUGCCGAGGAGUGGCUGAACGCUUGCAAGGCUGCCCGAAUACUUGCUGAGAAGCCAGAUGACGAGAUUGAAUGGACGGCGAGCCAUGGUUUCUUCGCGCAGAUGGGAGGUUUCAGACUUCGAUUCCGAGAUGCCGACAGCCAAAAUUCAAGAAGAACGUCUGACACCACUACCAACGAGGUAUCGCCAGAGAAACAUGGCAUCGCCGCGCCAUACCAAGAGCCUCUGCUCAGUCGGCUCAGCUAUCCUCAUGCGAACAAUUGGAGCUACGUCUCCGGAACCUCUUGAACCGUUCAGUCUCAGGAAGGGCUGCUUCCGAGCCCAGUCAAUGUCGCCAUCCGCGAGAAGAGCUUCAAGUCCGUUGCUUGGGACCUGAAUAUUAUGUCCAAACAGCACGCUGUGUUGUCAACGUCUUUUGGGCCGGCUGAAUGGAGUCCUGAUACGCGCAACGGAGCUCUGAUCGAACAAAUGAUGGUGCAGAGACAGACCGACCCUCAGGCAGGAGAAAUUGCACUGAUGGCCAUGAGGAUGACCACCGACACAUGGAAUUUGAGCCUUGAACAAAUCCGACUCGCGCGGAAGUAUGGUAUCAUCAAAACACUUCCCAGUAUGAGCAAAGAGGAUCUAGAUGCGAUGAGCAACAGUGAUGGCCUCGCCAAAGCACUGGCUGUAUGUCAAGUCCUCUGGCUCAUUAUUCAGAUGAUCUCGCGCGCCACAUCUUCACUCUCGGUUUGCCAACUUGAAGUAGCGACUGGAGCCUUUGCGAUCACCACCUUCUUAACGUAUGUCUUUCUAUGGCAAAAGCCACAGGGUGUUGCGAGACCGAUUUACAUAGAUUCUGCACGAAGACCCACCGUAGACGAAGCUUGGGAGCUAGCGCAGUGUGGACUCGAGGAGACAAGUUCACUGCUCUAUCGCGCCCGGAGCUGGAGACAGUCACGCGAGCAUUUGAAGGCAAGAGCCUUCUCCAAUACAAUAAUGCUGGUUUGUGCGACAGCACUUGGAGUGGUUCACUGCGCGGCUUGGAAUUUCGAGUUCCCAGGAGAAGCAGAGAAGUGGGCAUGGAGAGGUUGCGCUUUGGGGUCGACGAUACUGCCUCUGUUUCUACUGGCGUGGCAUGAGUUGUAUCUGCGUUUUGCCUUUACAAAACACAUCAUCUUCUCGGUCGUCAUCCUACUCGGCUUCAUGCUGUACGGAUUUACCAGACUGUUUAUCAUGGUGGAGAUGUUUCGAUGCUUGUUCUAUCUUCCGGUUGAUGCCUUUGUAACGACGUGGACGAUAAACUUGCCAGGUAUUUCAUAGAUGAGAUUGUAUACAAGAUUUGGUUCGGAA